UAAUCAGACCAGUUGAAUAAAGCAAACAGCAAAAGAUUUCAGGAACAUUUCCUCAUUACUUUUCAUGAAAAAUCCAUGAAAGCUCACCAUGAAGUUUGUUUUAGUCAGGUUGAGACCAGUACAAAUGUCCGAAGAAGAAAACCAUUAGUGGAAGAACUAAAAGACAAUCCGGUGACCCACGCUCUGAAGUCAGAAUUAGCUAACUUUCAAAAACAUCUGGAAAAAAUGAAGACAUGGUUAAAAAUUGUACUUGGAGUUGCCACUUCUGCUGUGCUUGCCUUAUUGGUGAUGUGCAUUGUCUUACGUCCUUCAAGAGUUCAUAACUCUGAAGGAAGGACAACAAGAGCACUCACACUGAAGGAUAUUUUAAAUGGGACAUUUUCUUAUAAAACAUUUUUUCCAAACUGGAUUUCAGGACAAGAAUAUCUUCAUCAAUCUACAGAUAAUAAUAUAGUAUUUUAUAAUAUUGAAACAGGAGAAUCAUAUACUAUUUUGAGUAAUACCACCAUGAAAAGUGUGAAUGCUUCAAAUUAUGGUUUAUCACCUGAUCGGCAAUUUGCAUAUCUAGAAAGUGAUUAUUCAAAGCUUUGGAGAUACUCUUACACAGCAACGUAUCACAUCUACCACCUUACAAAUGGAGAGUUUAUAAGAAGAAAUGAGCUUCCUCGUCCAAUUCAAUAUUUAUGCUGGUCGCCUGUUGGGAGUAAAUUAGCAUAUGUCUAUCAAAACAAUAUCUAUCUGAAACAAAGACCAGAAGACCCACCUUUUCAAAUAACAUAUAAUGGAAAAGAAAAUAAAAUAUUUAAUGGAAUCCCAGACUGGGUUUAUGAAGAGGAAAUGCUUGCUACAAAAUAUGCUCUCUGGUGGUCUCCUAAUGGAAAAUUUUUGGCAUAUGCAGAAUUUAAUGAUACAGAGAUACCAGUUAUUGCCUAUUCCUAUUAUGGUGAUGAACAAUAUCCUAGAACAAUAAAUAUUCCAUACCCAAAGGCUGGAGCUAAGAAUCCCAUUGUUCGGAUCUUUAUUGUUGAUGCCACUUACCCUGAGCAUGUAGGUCCCAGAGAAGCGCCAGUUCCAGCAAUGAUAGCCUCAAGUGAUUAUUAUUUCAGUUGGCUUACAUGGGUUACUGAUGAGCGAAUAUGUUUGCAGUGGCUGAAAAGAAUCCAGAAUGUUUCAGUCUUAUCUAUAUGUGAUUUCAGGGAAGACUGGAAGACAUGGAGCUGUCCAAAGACCCAGGAACAUAUAGAAGAAAGCAGAACUGGAUGGGCUGGUGGAUUCUUUGUUUCAACACCAGUUUUCAGCUAUGAUGCCAUUUCAUACUACAAAAUAUUUAGCGACAAGAAUGGCUACAAACAUAUUCACUAUAUCAAAGACACUGUGGAAAAUGCUAUUCAAAUUACAAGUGGCAAGUGGGAGGCCAUAAAUAUAUUCAGAGUAACACAGGAUUCACUGUUUUAUUCUAGCAAUGAAUUUGAAGGCUACCCUGGAAGACGAAAUAUCUAUAGAAUUAGCAUUGGAAGCUAUCCUCCAAGCAAGAAGUGCAUUACUUGCCAUCUAAGGAGAAAAAGGUGCCAAUAUUACACAGCAAGUUUCAGCGACUAUGCCAAGUACUACGCACUCGUCUGCUACGGCCCAGGCCUCCCAAUUUCCACCCUUCAUGACGGCCACACUGAUCAAGAAAUUAAAAUCCUGGAAGAAAACAAGGAAUUGGAAAAUGCUUUGAAAAAUAUCCAGCUGCCUAAAGAGGAAAUUAAGAAACUUGAAGUGGAUGAUAUUACUUUAUGGUACAAGAUGAUUCUUCCUCCUCGGUUUGACAGAUCAAAGAAGUAUCCUUUGCUAAUUCAAGUGUAUGGUGGUCCCUGCAGUCAGAGUGUAAGGUCUGUAUUCUCUAUUAGUUGGAUAUCUUAUCUUGCAAGUAAGGAAGGGAUAGUCAUUGCCUUGGUGGAUGGUCGAGGAACAGCUUUCCAAGGUGACAAACUUCUGUAUGCAGUGUAUCGAAAGCUGGGUGUUUAUGAAGUUGAGGACCAGAUCACAGCUGUCAGAAAAUUCAUAGAAAUGGGUUUCAUUGAUGAAAAAAGAAUAGCCAUAUGGGGCUGGGAAAAGGUUCAAAUUUUCAAGUGACACAGGCACACAUCUCCUUCUGUUAUGAGGGUCACAUUUCUGAAUCACCUACCAAUUCCCUGGGGAAGAAAAUUGAUGAGUGCUAAACCUACUCCAGACUCUGCAAUUUGUAUCCCCUUUUGUAUUACUUUAUUUUUCCAUUAAGUUGGGGAGGGGGGCAUGUAAGAUUUUUUAAGACACCAGUGGCUUUUCCUCCUUUGCGCUGCUAUGCCAGAAAUCCUCAAAACAGAAUACGUAACACUACCUUAUACACAGACUCUGGCCAUGUCUUAAACUACUCAAAAGGUUCUUGUGUCCUUCCCUUGCUGUUCUGUUAUGAAAAUAAAUGAGUAAAUAUACAGAUAUAAGUGCUGCCUCACAGGAGUUUUUUGCACGUUGUGGGAAGUAUCUUGCUUUUACUUUUGGGGAAUGAUCUUCUUUUUUGUGUAUUUUUUUAAAGUAAAAAUCCUGUUUUUGCCAUAGCAAGGUCCUGGUUGGAAAAACAUAGAGGGGGAAAAAAAGAAUUUUGCAGAAAAAUUGCAAUUAUAGUAUCUCUUAAACUGCCCACACCAUGUUUGGAUCAGCACACCAAGUAUUUGUAAUUGACUAAGCUGAAAUUGUUGUCAUGUCUGGUGGAGUUUUCUACCAAGAGUGCAAGAUAGACAUUUAAUCUACCCUAUCCAUAUUCCCCAGCUCCCAUCAGUACUUAUUGUGGGUAGAAUUGCUAUACAAAUACCUUAGAGAGUUUAUGAGAGUCAAUCUGGGACUGACUUGUA